UCUAAACUUCGGUGAAGUAAGCAGUGAAAUAAAAGUACGGUAUUCAUUAAAUAAACCCAGAUGAUAAAGAAAACCAUCGCUUUCGCAGUUGCCAUCAUGGCCAUUGCCGUGACCAAAUUUAUUUUAGUCAGUGCACAGGAUGUUGCGACCAACCGGAGUAAGAACUUGAUAUACCAAUUCGUGCUUAAUUCCUCAUCUACGACGCAAAACAUAACCGUGAAUGAGAGCACUACAAUGGAGAAUACGUCAGUAGUUUCGGGCAAUGAAACAGGUAUUGCACUCAACCAGAAUCGGAGCUCGACAAACGUAUCCGUGAUUGAUUCCUCUUCUACGACGCCAAACAUAACCGUGAAUGAGAGCACUACAAUGGAGAAUACGUCAGUAGUUUCGGGCAAUGAAACAGGUAUUACACCCAACCAGAGUCAGAAGUGGACAAACGUAUCCGUGAUCGAUUCCUCCUCUACGACGCAAAACAUAACCGUGAAAGAGAACAUUGAAAAGGAUAAUACGACGGUAGGUGCGGACGAUGGAACAGAUAUUACACCCAACCAGAGUCAGAAGUCGACAAACGUAUCCGCGAUUGAUAUCUCCUCUACGACGCAAAACAUAACCGUGAAAGAGAACAUUGAAAAGGAUAAUCCGCCGGUAGAUGCGAACGAUAGAGCAGGUAUUACACCCAACCAGAGUCAGAAGUCGACAAACGUAUCCGCGAUUGAUAUCUCCUCUACGACGCAAAACAUAACUGUGAAAGAGAACAUUGAAAAGGAUAAUACGCCGGUAGGUGCGGACGAUGGAACAGGUAUUACACCCAACCAGAGUCAGAAGUCGACAAACGUAUCCGCGAUUGAUAUCUCCUCUACGACGCAAAACAUAACCGUGAAAGAGAACAUUGAAAAGGAUAAUACGCCGGUAGGUGCGGACGAUGGAACAGAUAUUACACCCAACCAGAGUCAGAAGUGGACAAACGUAUCCGUGAUCGAUUCCUCCUCUACGACGCAAAACAUAACCGUGAAAGAGAACAUUGAAAAGGAUAAUACGACGGUAGAUGCGGACGAUGGAGCAGGUAUUACACCCAACCAGAGUCAGAAGUCGACAAACGUAUCCGCGAUUGAUAUCUCCUCUACGACGCAAAACAUAACCGUGAAAGAGAACAUUGAAAAGGAUAAUACGCCGGUAGAUGCGAACGGUGGAGCAGGUAUUACACCCAACCAGAGUCAGAAGUCGACAAACGUAUCCGCGAUUGAUAUCUCCUCUACGACGCAAAACAUAACCGUGAAAGAGAACAUUGAAAAGGAUAAUACGCCGGUAGAUGCGAACGGUGGAGCAGGUAUUACACCCAACCAGAGUCAGAAGUCGACAAACGUAUCCGCGAUUGAUAUCUCCUCUACGACGCAAAACAUAACCGUGAAAGAGAACAUUGAAACGGAUAAUACGACGGUAGAUGCGGACGAUGGAGCAGGUAUUACACCCAACCAGAGUCAGAAGUCGACAAACGUAUCCGCGAUUGAUAUCUCCUCUACGACGCAAAACAUAACCGUGAAAGAGAACAUUGAAAAGGAUAAUCCGCCGGUAGAUGCGAACGAUAGAGCAGGUAUUACACCCAACCAGAGUCAGAAGUCGACAAACGUAUCCGCGAUUGAUAUCUCCUCUACGACGCAAAACAUAACCGUGAAAGAGAACAUUGAAAAGGAUAAUACGCCGGUAGAUGCGAACGAUGGAGCAGGUAUUCCACCCAAGCCGAGUCAGAAGUGGACAAACGUAUCCGCGAUUGAUAUCUCCUCUACGACGCAAAACAUAACCGUGAAAGAGAACAUUGAAAAGGAUAAUACGCCGGUAGAUGCGAACGAUGGAGCAGGUAUUCCACCCAAGCCGAGUCAGAAGUGGACAAACGUAUCCGCGAUUGAUAUCUCCUCUACGACGCAAAACAUAACCGUGAAAGAGAACAUUGAAAAGGAUAAUACGCCGGUAGAUGCGAACGGUGGAGCAGGUAUUACACCCAACCAGAGUCAGAAGUUGACAAACGUAUCCGCGAUUGAUAUCUCCUCUACGACGCAAAACAUUACCGUGAAAGAGAACAUUGAAAAGAAUAAUACGCCAGUAGAUGCGAACGAUGGAGCAGGUAUUACACCCAAAGCGAGUCAGAAGUCGACAAACGUAUGCGUGAUCGAUUCCUCUUCUGCGACGCAAAACAUAACCGUGAAAGAGAAAAUUGAAAAGGAUAAUACGCCGGUAGAUGCGGACAAUGGAGCAGGUAAUAAAUUUGAUCAGACUCAGAACUCGAUGAAGGAAAUCACGAUUCAUGUCUCUUCCACGACAGAAACUGUCCCAGAAGGUCAAACAUACAGCAGGAGGGGCUCCUCAUCAAGUGAAUCCGAGAUCCCGCAGUAUGAGAUUCUAGGAUAUGUCCACUCCGCUGGGAAUUCAGACUCAGUUGACGGACUUGCCAUGCAGCCGUCUGCGAUUGGUGGACCUGUCCCAGAAGGUCAAAAAUACAGCAGGAGGGGCUCCUCAUCAAGUGAAUCCGAGAUCCCGCAGUAUGAGAUUCUAGGAUAUGUCCACUCCGCUGGGAAUUCAGACUCAGUUGACGGACUUGCCAUGCAGCCGUCUGCGGAUGGUGGACCUGCCUCAGAAGGUCAAGGCGAAUCCGGGAGCCCGCAGAUUGAGAUUUUAGGAGGCGUUAAACCCUUAGAAGUCCCCGCUAGUCUGGUCGCAGCUAAGCGAUUCAUGAGCCAGCCAUCGGUGAUGCAGGGCUUUUCAUUCGGCGGGAAUCAGGACGCUAGGGACGCAUCCUCGAACGAGCAAGGAGUUCGUCAAAUGAAUUAUCAAGGGGAUCAGAUCGUAGGUAGACGAAUCAUGAUGGACGCUAUAAAGCAUUUUUCUUGGCCUAAGUUUGUGCCGCCCAUGAUAUCCUUCCACCUUCCUCCGAAGACAGCCAGAAGAUAAAAAUAGCAAAGACUUGCAUUUCAACCUCCAAGGGACUAGAUCAUGAAUGGCAUAUGUGAAUGAGGAUGAGACCUAAUAAUCUGUAAUAAUUGUGAAUUGAUAAUAAAAUAAAACGAAUUCUGUUGGAUUCA